ACCGGCUCCUCCUCUCGUCCUGCUCAGGUGCGCCGGCCUCUUCCUCCCUCCCUUCCCUGCGUCGCCGGCCCUCUUCCUCCCUCCAUUCCCUGCGCCGCCGGCCCUCUUCCUCCCUCCCUCCGUCUGCCGCGCCGCCGUCAACCCUCGAUGUGCUGCGCCGCCGUCAACCUUCCUCCCUGCUGCACCGCCGGCCGUCUACCUCCCUCCCUCGUUCUCAUCCUCUCUCGAUCUGAUCUGAUGCAACUCAUUUCUUUCUUGAUCUGCAGGAUAGAAGGAGAACAAGGCAGGGUACUCCGGCGUGGCGGCAUUGCGAAGCAGAGCUUCCUCUCCUGAAGCUAUCGGGAAACUGUUAACCUUGACACUCUAUCAAGGUGCAAACACAGCUGCUGACCAAUAAUUUGGGUCAUGUCUACGCCCGCUUGCAAAGACGGGGCUAAUCUUGACGACAACCAUCCCAACGGGCGACGUGCCAAGUCCAAACAUGCUCACCCGUUUGACCCCGAGAACCGCGGACCAUUGGUCUUUUUUGUCUUAGUCAUAAUUUUCUUCUGCUGCGUGAUUGUGAUCGCAGCUUUCAAUGAGGACGCAGCUUUCAAUGAGGACCAACCACCUGGCGUUGGCGAUAUCUUCCUCCGACUUAUAGGAAAAAGUGGGCUUGAUCCCGGUGCCUCUCCGCCGACUUCGCCGGCUUUCCGCCUUGUGUUGGACUUCGAACGAACACCACAAACCUACCGGCGCUGCAGCGGAGGAGGCAACUCGUUGCUGCACGUCUCCUACCAUGACAUGAUCCUGGCGUGGGCUCAAGUGCCAGAUUUCUGCAUCUACGGCGACCGGGGCAUUGGCAGUGUUGGUACCUUGGAGGUGGAGGCCAAGGCAGACGCCUCCGUGCUGCGAGAGGAGGUGCGCAACUUGCUUUGGAGCGAGAUUCAGGUCGUGGGGAAGGUCAAGUUCGACGUGCAAGGAGAGGUCGUGGGCCUAGGGUAUCUUCGCUGCGAGUUCUUCAUCAUGAAAGAUAAGGCUGCGCAUGUGCCCAAGAGCCUGUGCAUCCUCCGUCAAUAGGCUGGACCUAUGCCUUCUGAUAAGGGUGUUAUAUAUUCUCCCUUCUGUCACUGGAUUGCAUUUACUUUUGUAAUAGCUGCUAUAUUCUGCUUUGAAAUAAAACAAAACAAUUUCAGCUGCAUAUUGUUUUUAAAGAUUUGUACCGAUGCCUUGAGCCAA